GUGGGCGUGGGUGGCGAUAGCCAAAAGGGGGUUCUUUCGCUGCGGGUCGUCUCCAAGCAGACUUUUGGAGUUAAUGUAGUCAGGUUAUCUCGUGUUGGAAGCAGCAGCCCACUCGUAGUGCAGACAUGGCUGGUGGUAAAGGCCGUGGUAUAGCUGCCUUCAGCUUCAACAUCGAAUCCCUGGGCCUCAGCAGGGGGAACAUGCCUCAGACCAGAGAGGGGCCCAACAAGCUAUAUCCAGAUGUGGAGUUCAAGCCUGUGCCGUUGAAAGAGGGAGAAGAUGAGGACUACAUGCUAGCCCUGAAACAGGAGAUAAGGGGAACCAUGAGACUACUACCCCACAACAUCAAGCCUCUGGCUGCGAAAGGAGAUGUGGAAAGAUACAAGGAGAGGUAUCAGAGGCAAAACAUGUUGGAUGAGGAGUGGACACCAGACUGGCAGCUUUUUCCAAAAGAGCUGAUGCCUCAAAAGAAAAAGUUGAAUGUAAAACCAGUAGGCGCAAAGAAGAAACCCAUAAAGGUAUCAAGCAAAGAAAAAGCAGAUGUACUCAGUAAAUUAGAUGAACUUGAAAAGAAAGAUGAUGUAAAAUCAGACGAGGAGAAAGAAGAAAAGAAAACUACAGAGGAAGGAGAGGAGGAAGAAAUUGAAGGAGAGGAGUUGGAGGAGGAGGAAAUAGAAGAGGAAAAUGACUACAUCGCCAGCUACUUUGAAGAUGGUGAUGAUUUUGGUGCAGGCAGUGAUGAGAACAUGGAUGAAGGAGCCACAUAUUAACCUCAACUGUAUGGAUGUUAUCUCAAGAGCAUACAGUAUUUAAAAAUCCAAAAGAAUGUUGACUGUCACUCUUCCAAAUGUGUUUCCCCCGCAAAUCAUGAUUUAUUGUUUACUGAAUAGCUGUUGGCUAUAUGACUAACACUGUCAUCAAGUUCACAUUUUGUUUGAACCUGCAUUUACAAUGUGAGAAUCAUAAAGACGUGCGUGUGUGGUUUGAGUUUAAAUACUGUAAGUGGCUCUUUUUGUAAAUAAUUGUAUAAACAAAUUAAACAAACAUGCAAAGUC